AUGACUUACACAAUGAAAAUUUCGGAAGAGGAAAAAGAUGUAAUGAUUUCAUUUCAGAAAGUUGACGCAAUUCUAAAGGCUGCAAAAUACAUAAAUAAAAAUAUUCAAGAGAAUAACAACAGCACAAACCUUCGCAUUUCUCGUCCUUGUCGGUCAGAAAUGCAAGGAAACAUGGGCCAAUUUAAUUUAUCCCGUGGAAAGGAGUCUAAUUGCUCUAAAUCCUCAAAUGGUAGGGUACGGGCAGCGUGGCGUCCACCAGGUGUAGUUUCAAGAGGUGUCGCGUCUUUUACAGUUAAAAGAAAUAACGGGUAUAGAUCUCCACCAUGGCGUGAGGUUUACGGCGAUGUUGCCUAUUUUCUCAUUUCUCUGGAAAAUCGUGAUAAACCUCUCUCAGUAACUGCUUCAACAGGCGGAUGGUUCAUUAACGGAGGAUUUGACUUGGAACAAACAGAGCUCUUGUAUAGACAAGAGAGUGAAACGCAUCCAACUUUGCUCUCCCUGCUUCGAAAAGAAUGUCAACGGUUUGAUGCUUUUCUAAGUAGUGAAGAGGGCAUGUUACAGAUGUACAGAAUGAGAUGGCGUCUAAAUGCUGAAAACAAAAAUGAGUUUGCUUAUGAAGAACCAGUUAGGGACAGCGGUAUUUCCGCUCCUAGUAUAGAGAAUAAAAUAAUCCGGAGAUCCUCGAAAAGCGCUGAUCCGCGAAGAUCCAAUAGCCGACAAAGAAUGGAUAUCAUUUCAAAUAUGCGAAGUCACCAUAGAAGUGGUAGUGGAAGCCCUAUACUGUCUCCUAAAGGCAUUACAAAACCCAGUGGUGACCAAAAAAAAAAAUCAUUCCUUCCACCGAUAAAACUGAGUGGCAGUACGUCAAAUUUGCGCUCAACGGGAUCCCAGUCGUCGGAACAAUGGGAUAUUUUUGAUACUAAUAAUAGCUUACUUCCUUCAUUUCUCACGAAAAAUGCCAACAAAAAUAUGAAUUCUUCAAGUUAUCAUUCUUCUCAGUCAAUGAGAAGUGAAGUGAUUGGAGAGCAAACCGAAGAGCUCAUAGAAGAUGAAAUCACCUCGUCUUAUCAGUACACCGAUGAGGGGUAG